AUGGUUGGGGGAAAAGAACCGAUCGGCGGAUGUCAAUCCCGUGAUGCCCAGGACACUACAGGGUGGUCCAGUCGGCACUGGAGAAGGAUGUGGGGGCUGAUGUUGAGAACAGCACGCGUCUGCAAAGCAUUAGGCACUUCGUUACUCGUGACGUGGCCGGAGUGCCUUACAGUGCAGGAUACGUGCAUUUACUGCUGCGAGACAUGCGCCGCUAAACUGGAGAGGGCUCACAAGGGGAAGAUAGUCCCACACAGGUUGACAUGGGCAUUUAAGCUGGAUAAGGGUCCAAUAAUCAUCACUUCACUUUCACAGCCAUGUGUACGUGUUCCAGCUGAGCUUGAGGAGGAGGCGGAGGGGGAGGGAGCGGGAGAGGAGGGCCCUGCAGCCGAUGGCGUGAAGUCCGAUGUCGGGCUGGUGCUGGACAUCAACAGUGAUGAGGAGGAGAGUCGAAAUUGUGUCAAUGGCCGGUUCUUAGGGCAAGACAUUCGGGAUGUGGUUGCACAGCUGACAAAGGGUGAGCAAGGUCACCUGUCCAAUGAUGACUACUUGGGGGCACUGGGGGAGGACGGCGAUCAGGCUGUUGUGCGGAUCGCAUUGCUUGAUGGAGCGCCUGCUCGAGAUCAAAGGGAAGGGCCCAGGCUCACCCCGCGGGCAGCUGGCGACCCAAACGGCGACCCAAACGGCGAGCUGGUGCUGCGGUUGCCAUGGCCCGCUGGCAUAGGUUUGGCGGAGAAAUCGCGUUACAGGGAACUAAGAAGUCCACAGGGUGUGGGACACCCACUCUACACCCACCCUUAG